AGCUGGUGAAUUAUUGUUGUAAGUGGGAGGAAGACCAUCUUUGGCUGGGAGACAAGCUACUUUCUUACUAUGGAGCAGACAGUGAGUAACUCUGUUACAAUUUAUUUGAUAUGCCUCUCUCAAGCUUCUGUUAUUAUUGUGGCAUAUAAUACAUGUUAUGAAUAAAUAUAACAUUCAUUUUUUAAAAUUGAUGUUUAUUAAGUUUUCAAAGAGUAACAACAAAAAUUUCCAAAAAAGUUUGAAAAUACAAAACAAAACAAAACAAAAAUAAUACAGAAAUAAUAAAGAAAAAGAAAAACCCAGCCGCAAAAGAGAAAAAAAGAAAAACAGAAAAACAGAAGUAUAAAGUUCUUAACGAUCUCCAUUAACUUCCUUUCUAGACUUCCUCCUCCUCCCCUCUCUUGUUUCUUAGUUUUUAAUUUUUACAGCAAAUCCUUUCUGUUUUUUCAUAACAAUCUAUCAUUACGUUUCCUUAUUCUAUUUUCCCUCUUGUCAUAUAAAAACUUUAAAACUCCAAACUUAUAUUCAAUAUUUAGCAAAUUCUUACAUCAUUACUUUUUUACAAAUCAUUUACCAAUCCUUACUUAAGCCAUAUAAUUUCAUUCAGCAUCCUUCAAACAUUUAUAAACAUUCCCAAUAUUAAAAAAUAAGAAAGAAAAAAUAAUAAGUCAGAUUCAGUCCAGUCAGCUUCCAACCUCCCCUCCCCUGGACCCGGGAUUGUCAGUCCUUUUAACCUCAAUAAUCCGGCUCCUUAACCUGGUUGUCUCGUAUCCGAGGCCCUCAAGUCUCUUUCUUGCCCCUUUCGCCACUCUUGUUGAUAUUUCCCUUUCGGUCGUGGAAACUCCAGCAAAAAGAUGCUUUUGACUCUUUGCAGCAAGUCCAUCCCAAACCCAUUACCCAAGCCAGACAGCAAAUAAUACCACUUCCAAUUUCCACAAAGUUUGGAGACUUCGACUACUCCAAUCUUCUGAUGGCCCAUCACUAGACUCGGAAAGUCCAAAUAACCAUAUAGAGGGGUGUCAAUCCAUCCCCCCAUUUCCAAAUCUGACCACAUUUCAUCUUUCCGAAUCAGGUUUGCCCCAAGUUCAUUUAUCAAGUUCAACUGCUGAUCUUGCCCAUCCAAAGAUCCCUCCAUCUCUGAAGCCUCCGUCGCUACAGCAGGUUCAUAUACUUGUAUAGACUUUAACUGAAUUUCAUUUGUUUGCUGCUGUGCUCUGGUAACUUCCAUCAUCAAGGUCGGCUCCUGACGCAUCUGGUCCAGCUGGGCACUUAAUUUUGCAAAACCUUCCAGGAACACUUGUUCAAGCCUUUGUACAAGCAUUGUCCUUCAAGGUCAAAGAAGAUUCUUUCCCACGAGAAUAGUCCUUCUCUUUUAUACUCUCUGCAUUGCAAUUUCACUCAGUUCCACUAGAUGGAAAACCCCCCCCUUUUUUUUUUAAGAGGGGGAAAAACAACAGCAACAAUCUUACUUUUUCCAGAAACACUUUAUCCAAAAUUCCCCCUUCCAAAUUCAAGAGGCAACAGUAAAGUCAAAAUGUUACCCUUCUUUUAACUAUCUGUCCAGCUGGAUAAGCUUCAAAACGUCAGUUCUGACAGCCCGCUCCUGGUUCAGGGCGGUGGAAAAUUACUUUAUUUUAAACUCACUUCCGCAGGGUUGAAAAGACCAAAACAACCCCCUUCUUCUCCUGCAGUCAAAGGGGGGUUCAGAAAUCUUAGAUGUUGAAUUUUAGUUCUCUCAGAAUUUAAUUUUCAAGCUUUAGUAUACUUUGUCUUUGCUUUCUUCACGUAACAAAAGAACGGAAGGCUGACUUCCUGUUUAGACCUUUCCGUUCCGAGUCCCAAUUAAAUUCAAUUUCAAGUCCAAAUCCAAUGUUAUUUAUUUAUUCACCAGUCUUAAAAGUAGUUCAGCUCUUCCAAGAUCAGGUACUCACGGAUAGAUGUUUUAGAUGCCAAAUUGUCCAGGAAAAAGGCAGCGCUCUCCGAAAACGGCAGUGCGGCUUUGCUGCACGGAGGAAGCAGACGACUCACAGCACCACGCACCUCCCACUCCGGAGCCCGUUACCGGGCUCCUGUACAAGGGGAGAGAGCGCUCUCGGUGCGAGUCCCACGUCCACAGGCUUCUUCCGCCUGUGGUUUUUAAGGGUCUCCGCUGCGCCGUAGCGGCAGGACCCAAGCCUCCGUGCAGCGGGUUCCCUUCAGUUCGAAGGGGAUUCCGCCAUUUUCCGGAGGCGCCACCCCGGAAGUGUAAAUAUAACAUUCAUACCAAUAAGACAUUAUCAUCAUUCCUACUUACAAAACAAGUAGGAAUGAUGAUAAUGCUUCAUUGAACUUCAUUGAAAAGAAAAACAAUAACAGUAUAAUUCUACAACAUUAGGAUUUUGAUUUAAUAUCUAUGUGCUGCUUUCCUGACAACAAGGAUGAGCUCCAAUCAGCUCAAAACAAUUAACAGCUUACAAGAUGUAAGACGAUUAAAUUCAAAGACAAAUGUUCAAGAUUUACAGUAAUAAAAUUAAAGUACAAUGUAAUCGUUUUAGAACUGGGAUCUUAUAGGUAUAUCUUAUAUCCAGAUAGCAUUGCACCCUCAUGUAGCUAAUAAAGGAGUAGGUGUAUGAAACUGGAAAUGCAUAGAUUGGGGAUAUUUCUGGAGCCACUAUUGUCACUUGAGUCAUAAGAAACCUCAUUGGCAUGGAGUGUCUACUAUCAGUUUGGGCUGAUGGUCCAGCUACACCCCUAUCUGAAUGGUAUAGCCUAGCUUCUGCAGUCUAGUUCUGGCAACCUCUACCAGUCUCAGGGUCUCCACCCACUACUGCUAGCCAGUUAGAUCAAUUUUCUGGACUCUCAGCUUCCCAAAGACAGUCACCAUUCAGGCAGCAGCUUCCUAUGACCCUUCCAAAGGCAGGGAGUGGAGCCGAGUGGCUGGAAACACCUAGCCAAUAACGCUACUCUCAAUGCCCUCUCUUUUUGUUUUCUUCUGACAGGUGUCCAGAAGUCAGUUGGGUUUCAGCCUGUUGAGUGUGACUUUCCUGCUGUGUUUGACAAGUGGAGCCUUUGGGUCUAUAGAUCCAGACAAGCUGAAGGCAAUCAUUGACUACAUCAGAGAGUGAGUAAUGUUUUGGAUUUUUCUGGGGCUUUCCAAGCAAGUGUUCAACACAUUUCGAAAAACCCCUCAAAACAAAAUCAUGGGACUAAAACAAACAAGAAUGUUGGUAUUUUGGCCAAAUAAAGCAUUUUGCUUUCAUACUCAUAAUAAUUUACAUUUUAGUAUAUGUGCUGCUGAAGCGAGCACUUAAUAAUUUACGUUUUGAUUAUUUCAUACAACAUGGAGGAGAUUGUUUUGCUUCAUGUUAUGAUGCUGCUACAAGGUGGCCUAAGAUAAAUGAAUAAGAUUCUGUCUGUGUAUGUAUAUUUGUGCAGAGGGGAAAUGUGUGUGUGUUAUGUUUGCUUUCAAAGGUCUGCCCAUGUGGUUUUUUUCUGGCAUGCGUGCUUUCACAUUUUGUCAUCUUUAAGUGAUAUCAGGGUGAAGAUGUGGGGAAGGCAAUAUCAUUAUGACUGUGAAUAUUGCAAGGCACAUAAAAACUUGUACAGUAAGAUGCCUGUAGAGGGAAGCACUGCAUAGGGAUGGGUGAGCAGGUUGAUUUCAGGUUCUCUCAGUUUCUCAUCUUUCCACACUUCAGUUUUCCACAUUUCUGAGAAAAAUCACCAGCAUUUUAGCGCAAAUUUAUAUUCACAUGUUUUUAUGCAAUUUUUCCUAACAUACACAUUUUUGCAAAAAAAUUUCCGCUAAUACAAUGAUUUUAAUGUUAUUAUUACAAUGUACAUGCAUUUUUAUGCAUACUGUACCUUAAUAUAUGCAUAAUUAAUUAAUUAAUGAAAUUUCUAUUCUGUCCUUCAUUCAAGGACCACAGGGCAGGUUUCAAUAUAAAAACACAAAAAUAUACACCAUAAUAACAAACAAAAACAAUAAUUCCAUCCUAUGGAACUAACUUUCUCCUCCAAUCACCCUCUUAAGUUAGAUAUCCAUUUCCAAAUGAGCUUGUUAAGGAAAUAAUCUGUUCUUACAUGGGUAGGACAUAACAGUAAACACUGAAGGCAUACCUAAAUUCUACAGCACUUUAAAAGGUUAGUGGUUCUUCCAUUUAUAUAGUACUUCUAAUGUUGUAAUGGUCAUUUUCUUCUGCUUUCAGAACAGGUCCUCCAAACUCUCAUAGCAAUGAAGUUGAACGUUUCCCAUCUGUUUUACACCUAUACCCUUUCUUGCCUUUCUGCUUUCUAUUGGGGCUUUAGCAGUGAGGUCUUUUCACUUCCCUGAAAACCUGGUAACGCACUUAUCCCCCAAGUUCAUGAAAACAAAGCUGCUCUUUAAUGGGCUGUAGCAAUGUCAAUGGUCAUUUGUGCAAAUUACUUUGCUUGAGAAGUACAUUGCAUAAUUUGGAGAAGUGUGAAUUUCGGGGGGGGGGGGCUUAUUUUGGUUUUCAAAUUGUUUUGGAAAGUGAAAAUUUGGUAGGUUCUGUUGGGAAUCAAGCCUUUAUCAGGAGAAACUGGCCACUCUCCAGGCACCCGGCUUGAUCUCCUGUUGACCUCCCUGUCUGCAUUCCCCAGCAGGAUCCAGGCAGAGGUUGCGAUAGGCGAUCCUUCUCAGAGUGAGAAGAACACCCCCCUCUUUCCUGCCCCCCCAGGCAGGGGAAAGAGAUAGACAGAAACGUAUUUACAUGCCUUUAUUUCUGUCUUUGCAGCGUUACAAAAAUCAUGACUGCUCUCUUCAAGCUCCAGCAGUCGAGAGACAAACUCCUCCUGUACUUCCUGUACAGCUCAUAUUACACUCUGAGCUAAUUCCGGUGCCCUCUGCACUGUGAAUUGACUGUCCCUCUGUUUCCCACGGAACAGUCCCAACAUUCCCAUUAUGUUUUGCUUUCAAGCUACCAGCUCGCGGCCGCAUUGCUUCUAUAUCGUAACAGGUUCACCUUUAAAUGUGGACUGAAUCGCAUUCCUCCACCAUCCUACCUCUGGGAGAAAGGGCACAGCAGGAGAAACAGGGUGAUUUGGGAAGGAACUAACUGGGCAUUAUGCAGGCCUUGCUGGCUACAAGCCUCAGCCAGUGUGCCCCAAACACAUUAGCGGUGCCAUAGCUGAGGUGGUCUUUAUUUUUUAAAAAACCUUGUGCACUCAGAGCAGCACAAUGUCUGGCUUCACUUCCUGGGGCGACCAUGGGAUUAUGCAGCACAUAGUCAUAUGGGUGUCCUGGAAAGUGCUGAUAUGCUGAGAGCCUUCUUCUGUUGCAAGCAAAUAUGGUGCUUUUACUAGCACAGUAUUUAAAAGAAAAGGGUAUUCCCCCUCUAGGAUUCAUGGAACCCCUGAUCUGCACCCACUGGUCUGGCUCUAAUGGCACUCCUGGUUUUGCUUAGCAAAUCUAAUUCCAAGUAACAUUACAAACUCCAUCAUCUUGGGUUAUUGGCAUCCCAUCCCCCCAAAAAACCCCCAGCUAUCUGCUGUAACAUUAAGUUGUGACUUCUAUCUAUAAAUAGGACAUCACAGAUAUUGCAGUAGAACUGGAACUACUCUGCCUCUCCAUUCAAAUGACUGCAACCGAGACUAUAAUAAAAAAUCAAGCCAACAUGGACCAAAAGGAGGAACCUGGUUUGGAAUAGUUCAGCAUCACUCAUUCUCAGCUUUCCUUUGUUUUUUCUUAGGUAUGGCAUCCGCACUGGCCAUUAUGCUGUGGCUGUAAGACUAGAUAACACAUACUGCAGAAAUCCUACACGGCAGAAUUUAGAGACUGCUUUACCUACAAACCAAAUGAGUGAGAUGCGGAGGGCUAUUACAGAGGAAAAUGGAAUUUAUAACCCACCACAGAUAGGGGAUGUUGUUGCAGCCAGGCCAAGGUCUCUGACAUAUUUCGCAGAGCAUGCUGAAUGGCGCUUACUGAACGGAGGCCAGAAUAGCCCAGUAGAAAGGAUCCUAGCCAAUAAGGACCAAAAUAGUUGCCUGAUCUUCUUUAGCAAAUUAUCCCCCUGUGUGGGCAGAUGUCUCAAUGAGAAUAACAUGAGAAACAUUGUACAGGUGGUCAACCCCCUUUUUAACAGGUUCAAUGAAGAUGCCAGGGCUUUUGUUUUUCAAUUCAUUUACGCACGGGAUGCAGAAAGAGAAGAUACGGUUGUGUUGGGGGCCUGGCAACGCAUCCAGCAUGCCCCACUAUUUCGGUGCUAUGCAGGUAAAAGAGCCUGCAUCAAAUGUUUUAACCAUGACCAAUCUCAUACCAACAGUCCCUGCUUGGCCAAUUAGGGAAAGCCAAUGAUAGAGUAGUGCCCACCUAGAGAUUGCAUUUGUGGCACUUAGCAUUUUGCCAGCUGGCCUAAGAACCAAAGUCACCCCUUCCUCAUUCCCAUAUUCUUGUUUUCUCAAGAUUGAGCAUUACAUAUGAUCUUUGUAGUCCUUUGCUUUGCUGUUGAAUCAAUAAAAUCCUUGGAGCAUAUCACAAAAGCUUCUUGUCUGUUUGCUUCUUCUUCUUCUGCUGUACCCUAUAGUGUGAAUAAUCACCCACGCCUACCGAAGAGAUGUGCAAAGUCACGUGGGGCUGUAGUGUCCACACUGGGGCUGUUAACAUGCCCAUGGGUGUUUGAGAAUUCAAGGUUACAAUACAAUCCAGUGCCCACAGCUGGCAUAAAACUUAAAAGCCCAAAGGACAAUUUGCUGCAGUCUGGAGAAGCAACCUAAGUUAAGGAGAAUUGGUUGCAACACUGCGAUGUCUUGGAAAAUCCAGAUGUUAUCUCCUCAGUUGCUAGAUUCUGCGCUGCCAUGAUGGACAUUCAUUGAAAGAUGGUUUUAUCUUAUGCUGGUCUGUGACCAAAAUAAAGGUUGAUACUGAUUGUGAUGUCUUGAUCUGAAAGACUAGAUCAAGGAAGAGGAGCCCUGGGACUAUUGUUGGCGGGGUGCUUGGUUGAGCUGGAAUUCAGAGCAUGUCCCUACACUCCUCAGCUUAACUCAACAGGUCAUUAUAAAAUAAGCACAAGCUCUUGCAAGGGCACAGAGGAAGAAACUGUUGACAUAAACUGGCUGCCCACACAUACACACCCCUGUGGGUUCUUAAUUAGCAUUUGUGAGCAUAAAAGCCUCCUUCCCAACUGAUUCAGCCCUACUUAUAAACUAACCAGCAGUUGUUUUGCAAAUCUUAAGAAAAGCAUCCUUGACUUCUGUUUUGCCUCCUAUUUCCACAUGUGGUGGGAAUGCCAAUAUAUAUGUGGAUUUUGGAAGGUUAUGCUGAAAGAAUGUAUUGUUAUAAUAACAUAUGUUGUUGUUCUCAAUGUUGUUCUCAAUCUUUAGUGCUUGCACUAUAGGCAUCAACUUUUGCUUCCACACUCCUGAUAUGCCACAAAUAAUGUUGUAAGCAUGUCAUGUGUACCUUUAUAGCUCUGGGAACUGAAUCAACUUGCAGCCUAACCUACCUCACAGAGUUGUUGGAAGCACACUGCACACCCAGACAUACUGGAGAUGUAAAAAUACACAUAUUGCAUAUAAUAGUUUGUUGGCAAGACUAUCUGCUCGUUGCAAGAUAACUUUUUUAAAAAAUAAAAAACCCACAAUAUUGUUUUCCUGCCCAGUAACAGCCGUGACGCUAACUAAACCUCAUUUAGAGAAUCUUUGUUGUAAAACCCAUCUCUGUCCUGGUAUAUUAGCAGAUGCCAGUUAGAAUUUGUUUAUCAGUCAUCACAACCAUCGCAUCCCAAUAAAAAAAAUCCUUCCCUCUAACAAUGCCUUUCUAUUCAGCUGCCAAACAUGAAAGUUCAGUUUGGAAUACUCAAUGUUACUUUUUGCUCAUUCAGUGCCACUCAUUCCCAUCAUUUUUUGGUGCUCAUUCCUAGGUAUGGCAUUAAAAACAUCCAUUAUGCUGUGGCUAUAAGACUGGAUCAUGCAUACUGCGUAGAACCUACACCAACGAUCUUGGAGACAGUUUUGCCCAGGAGCAAAAUGCAGCAGAUGAAGAAUGCUCUUGACCACAGGAAUGGAAUAUAUGUCCCAAAGCCAAUAGGAGAUGUCAUUGCAGCUAGGCCAAGAUUUACCCGUAGUAAAGAGCACGCGGAAUGGCGCUUGCUGACUGGAGGCCAGAAUAGCCCUGUAGAAAGGAUCCUAUCCAAUAAAGACCAAAAUAGUUGCCUGAUCUUCUUUAGCAAAUUAUCUCCUUGUGUAGAACGUUGCCUCAAUGAGAGUGAUGCGAGAAACAUUGUCCAGAUGGUCAACCCCCUUUUUAACAGAUACAGUGAGGAUUCCAGGGCUUUUGUUUUUGAGACUGUUUACAUGAAGGAUACAGUGAAAGAGCAUGAGGCUGUGGUGGGGGCUUGGGAACACAUCCAGGGUGCCCCCCUAUUCCGGUGCUACAGUAACAACAGAGGCUGCAUUAAAUGUUUUGAUGACAACCAGUCGAGUGACAGAAACCCCUGCUUAGGCGAUGAGGUAGAGACAGAAAGGUAGUGGGAGAGCAGCUGUGGCACCUGAUAUUUGCCACUUGGCCUCCUGGGCUAUAUAUUGCCCAGAUAAGCAAGGUACCUCCUCCAAUCCCUGACUUAGUUGAUUGAGCAUUGCAUGUUACAUGUUUUCUUUUGUGUUUUUUUUAGUUCUCUGCCGUUCUGUUCAAUAAAUAAUUGUUCAGAGCACACCACAAUAUAUUCUUAUCUUUCUUGCUGAUUCUGGUAUUCCCCUCACUUUGAGCACUGGACAGUCAUGAGGACCCACAGUCAGUGGCCUAGCGUGUGUGUGGGGACAAGGGGGGCCAUGGCCCUGGGCACAGAAUCUUGGGAGGUGCAAACUAGGCACGUGCCCGGUGCACGAGCCCUCUGGGUCAGUGCAGAGGAUGUUCUUCACCUCUGGGGUCGCCCCGCUCCCGCCCACCAGCUGAUUGUCGGCCCCUGUGCGCUAGGGUGGGGUGUGGGGGUGAAGAGCACCUUCCAUGGCCCGUCCCCGCCCACCAGCCAGUGGAUGGGCACUCACGGUCUGGACACAGACAGAGUGUGGAGGGCGCUCUUCACCCUUUGCUCCUGCCCCAGCCAAUGAGCACCCGCUCGUCAGCUGACUGGCUUCUCAGGCUAGAUUUCCCUUAGAAUCAAAUCUCUUCCCCUACCCUCACCCCUGCUUGACCCUGGUUUCUGUAGUCAUAUGCUUUGCUCUUGCAUCAAUAAAUGUUCAAAACAAAUCCCAAAUGCUUCCUGUCUUUUCUACUCGACUACUUCUGAUGUCGCCCACCCCGUGCUCACCACAUCUGGCAGCUGAGACCUGUGGAUUCACGAGGAGCUGCAGUGCCCACUAUUGCCUGCAUGAGAGCGAUGCAAUGGUUGCGUGUUUGCACUAAGAUUGAGAUUUUCCCCACAUUGUUUGAUUCACAAAUAAACAUUUUAGCAUGC